AUGAAUCAGCAGACCUCGAUCAACUCUUACGGUACAUGCGAAUCCCAACCUACAAUGGCGACAGAGGAUGAGGGCGUGGGAUUGCUAUAUGCAGAGCCCAUGGAGGCACCGCCAGCAGAUCGUGAUGGCGAUGGCACCUGUUACGAUGGCCAUGACCGAAGAGGUGGUGGGAGAUAUACUUCCUCUUCAUCGAGUUCCGUCCAAGAGGGUGUACGCAAGAUUGAGGCCAUUAGCAAGACGUGGACGCACAAGUCAUUGAUAAUUGCAUAUAUUGGAAGGCCAGACGGUUUUGUCUUUGUCAGCAUAUGCAACGAGCUCCUUCAGCAAGCAUUCGUUAAUAUCAACAGUUCUGGUCGUCCAGAAUCUGUCGUGAAACCUCCGAUGGCGAAGGUCGCCGAUGUAUUUGGUCGAUUCGAGGCAUUUUGCAUUGCAGUUUCUAUUUACGUCCUUGGAUAUGCCCAGAUGGCAGCGUCAAGUAAUGUACAAACUUAUGCAUCGGCGCAGCUAUUUUACUCCGCCGGCUCGACGGGGUUGCAAAUCCUCCAACAAGUUUUCAUUGCAGAUACCAGCUCUUUACUUAACCGAGCGCUCUUCUCCAGCAUGCCGGAUCUACCAUUCCUGGCCACCGUGUGGAUUGGGCCCAUGAUCGCUGCAGCCAUCCUCCGCGAAACCUCAUGGCGUUGGGGAUAUGGGAUGUGGACAAUCAUCCUGCCCGCCGCAUUUCUUCCGUUGGCCUUGUCUCUUUUCCUGAACCAGAAGAAGGCUCGGAGACUAAAUCUCCUCAAACCCCGGCCAUGGAAAGCGCACCGCUUCACCAUGGCAUUCUAUUGCUCGGUGCAGCCCUACCUCUACUCCUUCCUUCAAGUCGUCCAGGGCCAAUCUGUCACCACAGCCGGUCGAGUAACUCAAACCUUCUCUUUUACAUCAACAAUAUCCGCCGUCUCCGUCUCAUUCGUAAUAAGAGCAACCAGACGAUACCGACGUUUCGUCGCCGGGGGUUGCUGCAUCUACAUAGCUGGCCUUGCCCUCAUGUUCUUCUUCAACAAAGAGGGCACCUCCACUACAUCGACAUUUAUCAUUCAAACCGUCAUCGGACUUGGUGCUGGCCUCCUCAACGUCCCCGUCCAGCUAGGUGUACAAGCCUCUGCGAACCAUCAAGAUGUCGCUGCGGCAACAGCCAUGUUCCUCACAUCGUUAGAAAUGGGUGGAGCGGUGGGAUCAGCCAUCUCGGGGGCUGUGUGGACUAGCUCUAUCCCGAAGAAACUGUCCUUGUACCUCCCUGCUGAGAGCCAGGGCGAUGCAAAGGAGAUUUUCGGCAAACUUACCAAGGCGCUUUCGUACCCCCUGGGUUCUGCGACGAGAAUCGCUAUCAAUCGUGCAUACGAUGAGACGUUCCGCAAACUUCUGGCGAUUGCCGUCUGUUUGACUAUUCCGCUUAUUCCGCUUAGUUUGCUCAUGGUGGAUUAUAAAUUAGAUAAUAUGGAUUCUGUCGUAAAAGGCGAAGCACUCAGACAUGACGAGGAGGGAGAUAGGUUGAUCUCUUGUCCUACAGGCUCUGAAAGACCCGGCUCCAGCUCCUGUCACAGAAGCCACUUGUGA